AGCUCUGGCGGGGCGGCUCUCCAACUCAGUUGUUUUCUCCCCUUUUUUCCUGAGCCAGAAACGUCACACGGCCGUGUAACUGUAAUACAAGAAGUGAAAGAGAGAGAGAGAGAGAGAAGAGGCAGGGCUCAGUUUCUCACCCUUAACAAAGGUGGAGGGGAAAAGAAUAGAUUUUUCAGGGCACUACUAAAAAGAAGGAAAAGUAGAGGUGGGGAAAAACUAGAGCCUUGUGAUAAUCAGGCAGAAUCUCUGGAGCAGAAGCAGCGGUGGCGGCAGCAGCAACAGCAGCAGCUCCAAGCACUACCCUGUUGGAUUAUGUAGGACUCUGGCUGGCAGAGUAUGCUGGCUUGGAAGGUCCUGUUUACCAUCUGAUUCAAAAAAAACCCACAAAAAACCCACAAAACCCCAUCAACGAACGUGUAUAGCCCAAAUACUUCCAAGCAACUGGGGAAAAGAUGAAUGUAAGAAUGAAGACUUGAAACGUGUGAUCAGCAGCAAUUCAUGGUUGAAAGAGAAGCAUUGUUUCACUCACCCAGGCACAGGUUGUCCUUUUGACUGAUGCUGCUGUAGUUCUGAUGGAUUAUAGUGGAGGCACGAACAUGGAAUUGAGAAGAGCCUCCAGUCCUCAUAAAAUGAAUAAGAAUGACCUGGAUGCUGGCAAAGAUGUGCUGCACAGCUGUUGCAUAUGUGGCAAAAGUUUUCCUUUUCAGAGCUCCCUCUCACAGCACAUGAGGAAGCACACUGGGGAGAAACCAUACAAGUGCCCUUACUGCGACCACCGAGCAUCCCAAAAGGGCAACUUAAAGAUACACAUUCGGAGUCACCGAACGGGCACCAUCAGCCAGGGAAAUGAAGGGGAAAUGGGAGGAGAGGCACAGCUCGGUGAGAUGAGAGUCUCAGAAGGUCUUGAUGGUUGCACCAGUCCUACCAAAAGCACCUCAGCCUGCAACAAAAUCCUGAAUGGAGCCACUCCUGCAGAAGAUGGCAAGAUCUUGCUCAGAAGCAGUAGAAAAGAUAUGGUUGCAGAGACUCCUGUUGGAGAAGAUGUUAAAUCCUGCACUUUUCCGUGCACUUUCUGCAAAAUCAAAUUUGAAGGGAAGAAAGAGUUGGAGCAGCACAUCCGCCAGAUCCACAAACCUUUCAAAUGUAGGCUGUGCAACUAUAUGACAUUAAGGCAAGAGACACUGUUAAACCAUAUAGAGAGGGACCACAUUACCACUCAGAUUCCAAACGGGGAAACAUAUGCUGAGAACUGUAAAAUUGAGACAAGUGCAGGGGAGUUUCCUUGUGAAGUCUGUGGACAAGCCUUCAGUCAGACGUGGUUUCUCAAAGCUCACAUGAAGAAACAUCGGGGGUCAUUUGACCACGGGUGCCACAUUUGUGGCAGGAAAUUUAAAGAGCCCUGGUUCCUGAAAAACCACAUGAAAUCUCAUGGCCCCAAGUCUGGGAGCAAAAACAAGCCAAAAAACGACUUGGAACCUAUGGCCACUAUUAAUGAUGUCAUUCAAGAGGAAAUGAUUGUGACCGGUUUGUCCCUGUAUGAAGUUUGUACCAAGUGUGGAAAUCUGUUUACAAAUAUGGAAAGCCUAAAAGCACAUAAUUCUGUACAUUGCAGGUCUCAAGGAGCCCGUGGAGAACACAAAGCUGAGAGGCUGGUCGAUGGAGGUCUUAAUCCAUCUAUAGCAAAGCAGGUUUUCCUCCAGUACUUGAACUUGAGGCCGUCUAUAGGGGUAGAUGGUGUUCCUAGGAGUCAACCAGGAAAAAGAGUAGCUGAGCUGGAUCCAGUCAACAGUUACCAGGCCUGGCACUUGGCUACCAAAGGAAAAGUUGCAGAACCUUCUGAGUACAUGAAGUAUUUUGGAUGGGACGAAGUCUUGGCAGAUGCUGAUGUCACCUAUGACAGAGACAAAAGGGAAUAUAUUCUUGUCAGUCAGGAGAAGCGCAAGCAAGAGCAGGACUCAUCCAGCUCUUCCAGUAACCCAAAAAAGAAGAGCUGCACUAGUGGGCGUUCAGAGAAAAGCAGCAGCACCCACUCAGGGGACAACUGUCUCCUUGGCCAUGAUGACCUUGAGUACCGUCCUUCAUCACGUCAAAGCAGGAGGGCAUCACAGAACAAGUCUACCGAGUGUUUCGAAUGUGGCAAGAUAUUCCGUACUUAUCAUCAAAUGGUGCUUCAUUCCCGUGUCCACAGGAGAGAGCGCAGGAGCUGCGGUGAGGGUGGGGUGACAGCUCAGCAAGAUCGUUACAGUUCAAACAGUGAGGAUGGUGACUCUGGAUCUGUAAGUGGGCCAAGCACACCAAGCUCUGCUUCUGCCCCGGAAGAUUUGGUGACCUCUGGUGUGGGUGAGGAGGGGCCGGAAGAUAGUUCAGAGGAAGGAGGACACGAGCCAUCACCAUGUAAAAAGCCAUACCUUUGCCAUUUUUCUGAAGAAGACACACCUGCAGCAGCCCUGAAGUCCAGUCACAGAAGCAACAAUAUAAUCGAAAAGACUGCUGGUGAAUCCAAGCCAGAGAUGCCAGCAGCAAUAUCUACAUCUGGAAACAAGAUCAAAGGCCCCUUUCCAAAAUAUAUGGAUUACAAAAUUGCCCCAGAUUUAAAGAGGCCGACAUUUCAACAAAGCUGCGAUUUUCCUUGCUCCAGCAGGACUGUUGACUUUGCUUCUAGUAUGGGCCAGACAUGCUCAGAUAUGAGGCUGGAUUUGCCAACCUCAUGGGAUAUUCAGGUCAAGUACACUGAAAAGAAUUCCGAUACAUAUGACCACUCUAUGAUUCAUAAAUGUACAGAUGUACAGGAGAAGGGUCCAUUGGAUCUGAGUGAGAAAUCAUCAAGGGCUGAUUCAUGCAAUACUAAUUUUACCUCAACCAUGCAGGCUGGUUUGGUUGUCCACCUGUGUCCUUACUGCAGUCAUAAGACCUAUUAUCCAGAAGUUCUGUGGAUGCACAAAAGAAUUUGGCAUAAGGUCAGUUGCAAUUCUGUGGCUCCUCCAUGGGUUCUUCAAAACGGAUUCAAGAGUAUAAAACACAACUCAGUUUUUAUGGCAAGAAGUGGACGUACUGGACCACCUCCUGCUCUUGGUGGUAAAGAAUGCCAGCCUCUGCCUAUAGCCAGAUUUACACGUACUCAGGUGCCGAGCGGAUUGUCAGGAUCCAAGAGCAACCCUUCAGGUCUUGUUGUAACUGCUAAGCCUGGGACUGUACCUAAAGAUGCACUAUCCACUAGUAACUUUGGCCCACGAUCAUCAGGUACUGAUGGCUACAGACAGCCCAAACUCAAUCAAGCCCAUGAAAAAUACAGCACGGUAAUGCAACAGCCCCCGUUGAAAGCAAAAUACGACAUAAAUCCUAAGUUGACACAAGCAGGAAGCUUUACUAGAAAUUCAACACCUUCCCAGGCAGUUAUAUCUAAGCCCAGUUCCCAGCCUUCCAACAGUAAGCAAACAGAGAAGUAUAUAGUUCCUCAGAUGAGUGCUGGAUUUGCCCCUUUAAGCACGCAUAGUGCCCCGGAACAAGGGAAAGCCAGUUUUUUCACUCCACCUCAGUACCACCCUUCCUGUAAAACUGAGCCAUAUGUUACUCAAGAAGAUCCACCAGUACUUCAUCAGGAACCAAAUACCAAGAAAGAAAAUGACAUGAGAGCACUGUCAAAUUGUACAGCUGGUUCCAGAGUGAGUCCUUUGACUCACACUCAGCCCAGUGCGUCAGGGCCACCUGCAGUCAUACCUCCCUCCAAAGAGGAGCCAUCAUCUGAGAGCCACGAGAAACAUUUGGACAUUUUAAACAUCUUUAAGACCUCAAUUCCAAAGGAACUUGCUACUCUUUACCAAUCAUGGGGUGCUAAUGGCCCUGGAGUGGACCAAGCUGGAAUGCUUAGGACACAAACACGCCACGGAGACUAUCUCUGCAUCGAGUGUGGAAAGGGUUUUACCCAACCUAGCCAUCUCAGGACCCACAUGAGGUCCCACACAGGUGAGAGACCAUUCCAGUGCAGAUAUUGUCCAUACAGUGCCUCUCAGAAAGGCAACUUAAAAACACAUGUCCAGUGUGUACAUCGGGUACCCUUUGACAACAGCCAGUAUCCUGACCGACGGUUUGAGCAGCCUCUGUAUAAUUAUUCUAACACCCCGAUGGAAGAACAGCUGGAAAACAUCCUUGCAAUCCAUCUAGUCCCUGGAGCAACUGUGUUAUAGUGAGACUCAUGCUUUGUGUUUUUAUAGAAGAGGGAUGCCUCUGGACCGUUAAUCAUUUUAGAAUAAAUGAAGAAGCUACACAAGAUAUAUACAAAUAGAUGUACUAAUCAGUCCCCGUGGUUUCUUAUAUCUGUUAUAAUAAACCAUGGCAGUGGCAAGCUUUGUGAUGGUGCGAGGAAUCUAUAUUAAUCAAGAUAACUUUUCUAGACACUGGAAAAAAAAUAAACUUUAUAUGAUUUGGAGGGCUGCACUGCAACAAAAUCCUCUCUCAUGGUUCUUUGAUUCAUUUUAUUUUUAUUUUUAUUUUGGGUGGGGGGAAGAAAACCAGGGAGGAUUUGGCAGUGUGAGAAGGAAUGAUAAAUGAAAUUGCCAUUAGCUGUCACGCUGGAGGAGGAGAAACCCGCAACUACUUCUUUUCUUUAUUUAUUAAAAAGAAGAAGAAAAAAAGAGAGAGAAAGAAAUAGAAGAAAGCAAAAUGGAGGAGGAACUCCGUGCUGUGAAAGCCAAGCUUGAUGAAGGAGAGAAGGGGACUAAAGGAGGAGGCCAUCAUUCUGCAGCGAGGUCGUUUCAUGGUCAUUGUGUUUCUGGUGGGCUUAUCCUUGACUGCACACCAUUAAUAGUAUGUGAAUAUGGAAAUCAAAACACUUCUUAAGAAACAUGUAUUUUCUCACUUUGGAAAGAAAAGAAACAGCUAGUCAAACACUAAGAAGAAGAAGAAACAGGCUUCUGGUUUUUUGUUGGGUUUUUUUUUUUGCUUGUUUUGUUCUUUUUUUGUUUUGUUUUGUUUAACUCUCAGGGCCUUUCUGUUUGUUCAUUCUGCUAUUUCUUCUUUUAACAGUGCAACUUUCUGUGACCUGAUCACAAAAAGAAAUGUGCAUACUUUUAAAAAAGAGAAUUAAAAGGAGAGGAAGUAUUUGAUUCAGCUGUUUAAAGCUGGUUGGUAUGCUUCUGAUAGAAAACAGAGAGAGGAAAGGCAGAUUUUGGGCUCUUAGGGUACUUUAUGUACCUGCUUUUUUUCUGCAGCAAACCAGUUACACAUUAUGGGCCCUGGUAGUGUUUUUUUUUGGGGGGGGGAAGUAACUUCUUUUGUGGUGGCAGGUCAGUGUUCAUUUAACGUGUCAUGUCUUGCAUUUGGUAAUCACUGGGGUGAGAGGGAGAGAAAGGAUGCUUUAUAUACCUCUUCUACAGUAGCUCUUUUAAAUGCAAGUUUUCAAGGUAGGGGUUGAGGGUGGCAGGUUCUUAACCAUGCAGUGUCUGUAGUUUAUUAUAUAUAUAUUCCACAGGUAUAAAUAUUUUCUUUUCCUUUAUUGCUGUGACACUGUGUGUGAUGGUAAUAAUUCAGAGUUCGAGAUUUUGCACAUAUAAUUUUAUGCAUCAUCAUAAAAAAAUGCUGCCUUGAAAAAAAUAUUGUGAAUUUUUUUGCAAAAAAAAAGCUUUACUAGUUUUUUUAAUUGUAACAUUUUUGUAAAGGCAGGAAUAUGGAUUUUUUAAAAAAACUAGCACGCUAAUUAUAUUUUUCAAAAAAAGCAAUAAUUUUACGUGUACAGAAAUGGCGCUAACCUUUUAAUACUGAUUGAGAGCAGCCGUUUACAUUCUACAAUAAUGGGAUAGUGCUGUUUUUGUAGUAAAUGGGCUUCUUACACAAAGAUUUUUAAUACAUUAUUUUUUUCUGUUCUAAUCUUGGUUUUGUCUAUAUUUGAAUUGGGAUUGUACCUUUUGCAAAUGACUUGACUGUUCUUGCUUUGCAGUUGUUGACAAUAAUUCAGUUGUAACAUUUGUAUGUAGUUUCCUGGAUUGGAUUUCUUUUUUAAUUUCCUUCCUCAUCUGUGUACACCAGCUGUAGGCCAGCUGUAAUCCUGGUACAGCUGAGAAUGUCUGUGUAAAAUGCCUAUAUAAGUGAUUGUAACCAGCUCUCUUUCGAAGUUGUUCUGAAGAAAUUCGCAUAGACACAUUCCACCCUCCCCUUUUCUACCCCAUGUAUCCCACUCUGUUUUCAUCUCCCUACCUCACCCCCACCAUCUUUUAACAAUUGAUCAAUUUGGGAUUCACACUUAAGUGCUACCUGUUCCCUUUAUCAAGCACUUAUUUUCCUUAUUUGAAGUUAAACAGACAAGGAUUGAGGAUGCACGGAGGAAGCUUUGGUGCCCAUUUGUGCGUUUGCAGUUAUUAAAAACCCUUCUGUCCCCCCAAAA